AUGUUUCUAGGCCUGGUUGUUCAAAUUGGUGAUGCGAUUGCUGCUGAUCUAGGACGCGUAUUUGUAUUAAAUGGAAACAUGAUGGUGGACAUGCAUUACACAGUUGAUCGCAAACAGGAUGGCCACCUGGUUGAACCUAAUUCAUCUGCAAAAUUGAUGCAAAUUGAUCAAUUUUAUGAUGUGUUCUAUAAUAAUGAGCUGUAUCACGUUGAAAUGGUGGGAUCAGUUGGAUUUGUGACGCCAAAAGACAUGAUACUGAAGAAUUGGGAAGUUAGUGACCAGCUUAGGAGUAGUCUUACGAGAUUCGUUGAAGAGAGAACAGUAAAAUGUGUACAGGAAUUUAUUGGGAAAAUGAAGGAAUCAACUGAAACCAAGUUGGAAAGAUUUGAUCCAUCAAAUGAGGAGGGAAUGAAUGACACUGUGAUUUGCGUACAUGAAGCCAGGUUCAAUGUGGAGAAGGAAGCAGAAGCCAAUCAAUUGAAUGAUUGGGUAGUCACUUUGAUGUAUACGAUCAGAAAGAGUAAGGAAAUUGGUACUGGUGGAAAUGGAUCACCAAAAGAUGAAUUGAAGAAUGCGUUGGUGAAUUGGAGGGAUACGCACGUUGAUAGGGAGGAGACAGCAAAAUCUGCUAGCGCAGGCACAGACACAGAAACAGACGAGAUAGAAGAAGAAGUCUUUGAGCCAAUUGAAAACGUGAAUAUUUUUAUAGGAAAUAUGAAGCAAAAGGAAUUCAGCGAGAAAUGGCAGGGGAUAAUAAAGAAGAUUGGCAGGGGAGAAGAGGAAGAAAUUGAUGAUUAA